AUGGGAGGCGAAGAGGAGACGAGGAAGAGAGAAGUAACUGAAUCGCUGGGAUGGCUAACGGAAUCUUCGAUCAUGCCGAAGAAGCAUCGCGCCAUCGAAGGUGUGGGUCCUUCGUCAAUUAUGGAGCUCAAAGCUCAGCUCUACAAGUCGCAGGAAGAAGCUAAGCAGACGAAGGAUUUGACGGGAUCCGAUGUUCAGUACCAUCGCGCCAAGGAAAGGAUUGCGGCGAAAGAUUCUUUCGCAGCGAAGAAUUCCGGCGUCGAGGCUCGUGCUCUAAAGGACAAGCUUGAGCAUAAAGCAGUCAAAGACGGAGCAGUAAGCUAUGCCGCAUUGGAGAGAAAGGCUCAGUUAUAUGAAAAGCUUGUAAGGGGAGAGCUUUCAGAUGAAGAAGCCGAAGAGAAGUACUGUGUGGAUUUCGUCAGGAAAGGAAUUUCACACGAAGAGUAUCCAAGACCAUCAAGCACUUGCAGCACUUCUAUCUCAGCACCAGCUGAAGAUUUGAAACGAGAUGGUGACGACGAUGGUUCGCUGUUUAGCACCAAAUUUGCUGGACUCGGACACGCAAUUGGGGAAGCUGAUGUAAGCCAGCACGUGCGUAUGGUCAGAGAGGUUCAUGCAGAAGUGAAUCAAGCAAGAGAAAAGGCAACAGAGUUGAAGCAAAGGAGACGGGAGCAGGCAACAAAUCGUCGGGAGAAACUCAAACAAGCUUACCUUCGGAAACAGCUGGAGAAGCUAAAGGCUCAACAGCAACAGCCGAAACAACAAGAUGAGGAAAAAACUUGA